CUACGACAUCGCAUAAAAAUAUUUCCUUAAAGUAAGUAGUUAGCUUUUGACAUUGUCAGCGGUUUGUGGUGUGUUUCUAUUUGAGAUUACAGAAUGUCCUGGGUGCUACUGGGUUUAGUAAGCGUUCUUGCAUCGUUCUGGCUAAGAUGGAGGUACAAAAACAGAAGACUUCUGGCGAUGGCAAAAAAUUUUCCUGGACCGCCAACAUUACCGGGACUCGGCAAUGCACUGAAAUUUGUUUGCAAACCUGAAGAACUAAUAACAGUGAUUAAGGAACUAAUACGCGAGUAUGGCGAUGUUAUGAGGUUCUGGCUGGGGCCGGAUCUAAAUAUAGUUGUCAGCGACCCGGACUCUAUUAAGACUAUCCUCACAAAUAACAAGAACAGCUACAAGGGUCCCCAGUGCCGAUUUAUGGUGGAUAUAUUGGGCGGCGGAAUACUUAGUGGCUCAGGUCCUACAUGGAGAAAACAUCGUAAAAUUGCAAAUCCUAACUAUGGCAAACGAGCGAUUGAAAGCUACGAAUCUGUGUUUAAUCGUGAAACAGAUCUUUUAAUGUUGAAGCUCAGAUCUAUUCCAAUAAAUCGACAGUUCGAUAUAUAUGAAUGUAUUGUUACCACUACGAGUUACGUGGUUUGUCAAACCUUAAUGGGUCUAGAUAAGGAACAAACCAUAAACUUGCCUCAUAUACACCCAAUUAUAGAGAAAACACCACCGUUGUACGACAUCGUUUUUGAUAGAAUGACUAAGUGGUAUUUGCAAAUUGAACCCAUAUUCUGGAUGACAAAGGAAUAUCAACAACAAAAACAAUUUAUAGAAAUGAUGACGGAAUUCAGCGCUAAAAUCGUACAACAUAGAAUGGAAACAUUAAAGAAUCUGGAGAAAGAGGAGAUGAAUCUGAUGAAUUCCGAAGAAGACUCGUCGAGGAAUACAAAACUGAGCGUGAUAGAUAGGUUUAUAUUAUCCCAGGAAUUAAAGAGAGAUGAAUUAUUAAAAGAAACCUUCACAAUUUUUACGUCUAGCCAGGAAGCUUCAGCGAAAAUAUCAUCAUUUACGCUAUUGAUGAUGGCGUACCAUCCAGAUUGUCAAGAAAAGCUAUAUAAAGAAAUAAAAACUGUUAUCGGAGAUAAGGACAGACAUGUUACCAGUGAAGACCUUAAACAAAUGCCGUAUUUAGACAUGGUUUUUAAAGAAGUGCUACGUCUCUUUCCGAUUGGUGCUAUGCUACAAAGGACAAUCACAGAAGAUAUUGUCCUAGAUUCGAGCGUGGUACCAGCGGGAGCAUCAUUGGUAAUUCCGAUUUAUCAUAUACAUCGGGAUCCACGUUUCUGGACGAAACCGGAAGACUUCGAUCCGGAGAGGUUUAAUCCAGUAAAUACAAAGUUACGUAAUGCCAGUUGCUAUAUACCCUUCAGUUUGGGCCCAAUGGAUUGUUUGGGAAGAUACUUCGGCACCAAAUUAAUAAAGACAAUAGUUGUGAGAAUCCUUAGGGAAUUCGAAGUGACGUCGUUAAAUGCUUAUAAAGAUCUACAACUAACCAUAGCUAUAUCUACCGCUCCAGUGAAUGGAUUUCAACUUAUGCUGAAGCCAAGGGAUGACUCACAAAUCGUAGAUGGAGAUAAACACCGCAACUGAAAUAUCAUGGUGACGUCUACGACGCUAAAUAGACGUCAUUCUAUUGUCAUAUUAAGGUCGCGACUUUACAAGAAUUUGUUCUGUUAAUAAUCAUAGACGUCAUCGAUGUAGGAAGCACCUUUAUUUAUCUUGUUAUUAAAGAGGGUUUAUUCUUUAAAAAUAUACCACCCCCAUAGAUGUAACAAUAUACAGAGAUUUAUAUAUUUAAUUUUUAUUUCUCGUACCUACUUUGAGGGAGCACCUUACUUUAGGUAUAUGAAUACAAAGCGUGUCAUAUUUUUUCUACUUACUGUGAUAACUGUAAAGUAUACUUUAGUAAUGAAGAAACUUCUUCAAUACCAAACUCUUUUGAAAAUUUGAAUAACGCUAUUUUUGCUAACUCUUCAUACUCGUAAUUUUUUUCCAUAUUUCUAAUUUUUGGUGUCUUGGUGAAAAUCGUUUAGGAAAUAAGUUUAGCUAUUACUUCUAAUAUUGUAACAGGUUUACUGUGUAAAAUAAUGUUUUUUUUUUUUAUUUUGUAUAUUUUUUAAUGAAAUAUAAAUAAAAUGUUAGUACUCAGA